AUGCUACUUUUGAGACCAGCAAUCUCAUCCGACAAAGAAGAAAUACCUGAUCUCAACCUACCUGCUUCGCUUGAAGAGGCUGCUAUACCAAAGCACAGCGCGGCAAAAGCUCAAAACAAAGCUUCUGUAGAAAUUUUUACGAAUAAAUUCCACAAUGACAAGGGAGUACCUGUUGAAAUGAGACCAGUUCCAGAAUAUCUCGUUGGAACUGGUCUAUUUCAAAGCAAGAAAUCUGUUUCGAUCAGUGGGAAAAGAUAUUAUAGCGAUGAGCAACGAAAGGAAUGGCAGAUUUUAAAGAAACAACAAAGAAGCUUACAAAGUGGUGACGUAAGAAAAGCAAUUCACAGGAAAGAAUAUCAUCGAAAGAGAAAAAAAAUAGAAGCAAUGGAGCCCCAACUCCGAGCAGAGCAUAAUGCUCGACAACAGAUUAAAAAUCAAGAAAACCUUUCCAUCAUAUGCUCCCUUGCAUAUGCAACAAAAGAGCCUAUACCAGAUCUAAACAUUCCUCUAUCUAUGGAAGAUUAUACGGAGAAAGAUGUUGGAACGCAAAAAGGAAAGCGGAAGCGAAAAACCUCUAUACAAGCAAUUGAUAAACCAUUACAUACAAUGACUAACCGAAAACACAAGAAUAUAAAAGUUAUGUCUUCUCAGAAAAAUCAAGUUUUGAUCAAUGGCAACUUGUUUUAUAGUGACUUACAAAGAAAGAAAUGGAGAGAAAGCAAACAAGUGGCAAGAGAACGUCUUAAACAAGUUUUGCCGACUAAAGAAUUACGGAAAUUAUGGAAAGCAAAACAAAGAAAAUAUCGAGGUAAGCUGAGUAAAGAAAAGAGAGAGGAAAUCAAUAAAAAGCGUCGUGUUCAAAGGGGAGGAAAGAAAAUAUCGACGCUUUACUUCUUACUUUAUAGAUUGCUAGCAGCCAUGAUUUCAAUCCUCAUCUGGUGGCUCGCUUUAGACUUUAUUUGUCCAUUUCUGGCAAUGAAGCAUAAUAUACCAGACUUGAAUCACUCUCCACCUUCUUCCCCUGAGACGAAUGAGGUCAGUGCAAAAGAGCAUUUUCAAGAUGCCGAGAAGACUAGGCUGGAAAGUCGUUUUAGAUCACAUCACAGCUUGCAUGGGAUAGGAUCCGGUGAAAGUUCAACAUUUCGAGAAAGAAGACAUGAUGGCCAAACCACAAGUCAUCAUUUUGAUUCUGUUGACCAAUCUUCAAUAGCUGGAUUUGCAGGAGCACUGCCUUCUUUCAGCCUGCAAUCAGAUAAGAGUGCAAAUGUUCCACAAGGCGUGGAAAAACGAACUACAGAUGACGAACAUCAGAGAAUCAAGACCGAGAAGAUCAAAGCAAAGUGGAGGAGAGUACAAAAGAGAAGACGAAAGAAUAUGACUAAAGAACAAAAGAAGCAAGAGUCAGAUAAAAAUUAUGAGCGAUAUAAAGAUCGGAUGUGUAAAAUUAAAGACGACAGGGGUGACUGUUUACACAUCCUGCAACCUUUUCCUAUACACAAGAGCGAUGAAGAAUAUGAAAAAGAACGUGAGAGAAAGAAUAGAAAUCAAAGAAAUUAUCUAAAGAGACUCAAAGUGAAAAAUACAAACACAAAAUCAAGAAAGAACACUUCAUAG